GGCCGGGGCCGGGGGCGGCCGCUGAGGCUGCCGGCAGCGGCGCGCCCAGCCGGGAGCAUGCUGAGCCCCAAGAUCCGGCAGGCCAGGAGAGCCCGGUCAAAGAGUUUGGUGAUGGGUGAACAGAUUAGGCCUUCUUCCAGACCUUCUUCUCCAAACCCUCAAGAACGUGUGCUGAAGUGUGGCUGGCUGAAGAAACAAAGGAGCAUUAUGAAGAACUGGCAACAGCGGUGGUUUGUGCUGCGUGGGGACCAGCUCUUUUAUUAUAAGGAUGAAGAGGAAACUAAACCUCAGGGUUUGAUACUACUUCAAGGCAAUCAGGUGAAUGAGCUGCUACCUAAUCCUGAUGAACCAGGGAAACAUCUCUUUGAAAUUGCCCCAGGUGGUGCAGGGGACCGGGAAAAGAUGCCUGUCAAUCAUGAGGCUUUCCUGCUCAUGGCUAAUUCCCAGAAUGAAAUGGAAGAUUGGGUGAAAGCCAUCCGACGGGUUAUAUGGGCUCCAUUUGGUGGAGGUAUUGCAAAUAGCUCACAUGCACAUAAAUUAAAACAUUUGCCUCAAGGGAUCUUUGGACAGCGGUUGGAGGACACCGUACAGUAUGAGAGGAAGUAUGGCCAGCGCCUGGCCCCACUGCUGGUGGAACAGUGUGUGGAUUUUAUUCGGGAGCGGGGUCUUACAGAGGAGGGGCUCUUUCGGAUGCCUGGCCAAGCCAACCUUGUCAAGGAUCUGCAGGAUUCUUUUGACUGUGGAGAGAAGCCCCUUUUUGAUAGCAACACGGAUGUUCACACUGUGGCGUCCCUCCUGAAGCUUUACCUUCGAGAGCUGCCAGAGCCCGUCAUCCCCUUUGCCAAAUACGAAGACUUUCUUUCUUGUGGACAGCUACUCUCAAAAGAUGAGGGAGAGGGUACCCAGGAACUGGUUAAACAGGUGAAGAAUUUGCCCCAAGCCAACUACAACCUCCUCAAAUACAUAUGCAAGUUCCUUGAUGAAGUUCAGGCUCACUCCAGCAUUAACAAGAUGAGUGUCCAGAACCUGGCUACAGUAUUUGGACCAAAUAUAUUACGGCCCAAAAUGGAAGAUCCAGUGACCAUGAUGGAAGGCACCUCACUAGUUCAGCACCUGAUGACAGUGCUGAUAAGUGAACAGGGUCGAAUCUUUGCUGUUCCUCAGGCAGAUGUGCCAGGGAGCCAGCUGGAAAUCAGACCCGUGCGUCAGCGCAGUACUGUGGAGUGGAUCUCUGAGGAGGAUGGGGAGGACAGCAGGUCAGAGAACAGCGUUCCCAGCCCUGCUGAUUUGCCUUCUAGCAAUGCUGUGGCACUAGAGGCCACUCCUGGACCUGCGGUGAGAAACACUCCAGAGCACAGUGGCAAAUUGAGUCAGCCUGCCACCAGCCCUAAUAAAAGAGUGCAGACGCUGCCUCCGUGGAAAUACUCCUUUCGCCAGCAGGGAGCACGGUCUGUGAGUCCGAAGCUGGGCAGCUCAUCCUUAGAUAUCCCCAACCUGUCCUCCAGUGGGAACUGGUUGAUGAAUGGACUGUACUCCCUCCGAGGCCAUCGCCGGACAGCCUCUGGGGAACGAGUUAAAGACUCGUGUUCUUUCCAGAGACUCUCUACUUACGACAAUGUCCCUUCACCCAGCCUCUCCCUUAGCACACACAGUAUGGCCAGCACCACCUGGUCUACAUCAUCAUGUGAAAUCUCUGUGAUGGACUCAGUCAGCAGCUGUCCAGCCUGCCGGGCCAGUGACUCUUCUGCGUUAAGUUCUCUCAAAACUGAGUGGAUAACUCAGGGCUCACCCUCUCAGAGUGAGGUCAAGACUGCAGAUCUGGAGAACAGCAUCGACAGGUUUGAAGCAUGCAGCAGCAGCAGCAGCAGUGAACACAGCAACCCGGCUGCAGCUUCCAGAGACUCUGUCAAAUGCUCUAGGGCCUUACAGAGCUUGGUGGUGGAGCUAAAGACAGAACUGAGCAAACAGAGGACUGAGUAUGAGACUAGUAUCAAAAGAAUUGAAGAAACCAGUGCAGACCUGAGGAAACAAGUGGCUAGGUUAGAAGAAGAACUGGACCAAGAACGAAAGAAAUACACAAUGCUGGAGAUAAAGCUGAGGAAUUCUGAACGUGCUCGUGAAGAUGCUGAGAAGAGAAAUCACCUCCUGCAGAAGGAAAUGGAAGAGUUUUUUUCAACAUUAGGAUGUUUAACUGUUGGGAGUCGAAGUGCUAAAGUCCCCAAGUAAAACAAGCUGAUGUACAGCAUAGAAAAUCAUAUUUCUGACAAAAACAGUGAAAAUGCACAUUUUGUUCUGGUAUACUCAUGUAUCAUGAGUAAUUCCACAGUGAUUGUGCUCUCGGUGACAGUUACUCUGUUGUCUUUACACAUGUUGUAGUAUUUGAGCCAGCUGGGAAAGACUGCUAAACAUAAGGCUUGAAAGUUUAGAUGUCAGAUUGCCAAGAGUGGGCACCCUUUUUAUCCACAAAUCCAAAGUGUUCUCCAUAGCUGUACUGCUGCCAUGUUCGGACUUAUUGCACCAUCCUUUUGCUGGCUCAAGGACAGUGGAAAGUCCUGGAAGGUGGGUGGGAUGGCCAGAACUGAUGGACAGGCUGAGCCUGGAGCUGAGGGCCUCCUAGACUUGUGCUUGGGAAGAUGCCAGUUCCAGUAUUUCACCACAUUUAAUGUGGCUUUAUAAUAUGGUUUUAAUGAGGUGUUGUUUCUCUCUACUCCCUACAUAAAGUUUGCUCAAAUUUCUCAUUCCUUAAAGUGGCAUUUUUUUAUGAAGAUAACAUGAAAACAAAGUCUACAAAUGAUCUGAAGAUACCAAAAUCUUGACAAGUCACUAAAAUUGCCCCUUACCCAUUGAACAGUUCCAGUGUUUCAUGAAAAUGCAACUUAUUAAACUGUAUGCGAUUAAUAAUCA